AUGAAUCAAUAUCCCUACUAUGGGGGCCAUCACCCCUCCCAGCAGCAGAAUUCCUUCCCGCUCUACGGCCUACCUACCCCUACCCAGAACAGCCACGGCGAUGAUUUCCAAGGACCCUUUGACCCACUGAACUACCAACCCCCCUUCGACCCAUCCUUCAACCCCGCCGCGCCGCAAUUCGUCGGCGGCCCCCCCCCUCAGUCUCCGCCAGAAUCGUACACGAAACACUCCGUCUCGAGCGGCGAACAUAUCGCUGGCAGUCAUUAUCCGGGUUCUAUCGAGGGUCACGACGAGUUUCUUGCUGUGCGCAGUAGCAGCGAGGAGAAGGACAAGGACGGAAUCGGAAUUACGCCGGCGCAGAGUAAGCGCAAAGCGCAGAAUCGGGCUGCCCAACGCGCCUUUCGCGAACGUAAAGAACGGCAUGUUCGUGAUCUCGAAGAGAAGGUCUCCAACCUGCAACAAGAAUCCUCAAACUUACUCGCCGACAACGAGCGCUUGAAGCGUGAAAUAGCGCGUUACAGCACCGAGAAUGAGAUCCUCCGCGCUACAACACAUUCUCGAACACAUGGCCCUUCCUCCCCGAAGUACAAUUCCAACUCCGGGACCGGCAGCGACCACCGACAGAAUGGAAGUAACGAGCCAGCGCAGACCGGCCCCAUGGUCUACUCUCCUACGGACUUUUACAGCAACCUCGUACCUGAGGGCCAGUCAGCGCGGUUGCAUCGAGUAACGUACUGCAAGGAGACUGGGCAGCGGUUGCUGGAUGCGGGGGCGACGUGGGAUCUUAUCCAGAGUCAUGAGAUGUUUAAACGGGGACUUGUAGAUAUUGCGGCGGUCACGAGGAAGUUGAAGACUAGUGCGCAGUGUGAUGGGCAGGGACCGGCGUUUCGAGAGAGUGUUGUUAGACAAGCAAUUGAGGAGAGUGUGGUGCAGGACCCGGAUGGGUUGUUGUGA